AGCAAGGUGGCUGCUCCCUCUGUUCUCGCCGCGCCCUGCGCCGCACUUCUCGCCGCGACCUGCGCCGCAGUUCUCGCCGCGCCCAGAUGGGCAAUUGCUCCUCCUCGCCCGCGGGCCGCGAUCGAGACUCCAAGGACAGCGACGCACGGCGAGCGGCGCCGCCGCCCACCCGCUCCCUCACCUUCAAACUCAACCAGCUCGACGAGCAGCUCAGCAAAUCGGCUCCUUCGCCGGAUGCGCAGCUGGCCGAGCGACUCGCCGAGCCCAAGAAAGUGCGCGAAAUGUGCGGCCCGGCGGCAUUCGUUGGCGGCCUGCAUGCCGUGGUGGGCGCGGCAAACACCGCAGUCAUGGAGACGAUGCAGGAAGAGCACACGAUCCGGCACGACAGCCGGGUGCCCUUUGUUUCGGAUCACCUCCUCAUCGAGACGACGAGCGAGACGGAGUUUUGGUUCGUCCUCGACCCCGUCGGCGGCCUCGGCAGGCUCGGUCUCGAGCGCUGGCCAGAGGAGGGCCCCGGUGCGCGCCGCAGCUUCGCCAGCGGCCGCUCGUCCGAGGAGCUGCUGGGCGCCGCGAACAAGCGGCAGCCGCUGCCGCACGCGGCCUUCUGCGAGCGGAUGCGAGGCCACAACGAGAUGCUGCGGCAGCACGGGCUGGCGGAGCUGCUCGAGGAGGAGCUGAUCGGCGGCCGCCUCUUCACGGGGCCGAUGAAUGCAAAGUACCAGGCGGCGCUGCGGGCGCUCGAUUCGGCGGACGCGGGAAGGCGGCGCAAGUUUGUGCAGCUCUGCUCCGACCCGCAGACGCUGUCGCAGUACGAGGCUGCGGUCGAGGCCGACCCGGAGGGGGCGUGGGCGGCGGCGCGGAUGCUGUGCACCAGCUACUCGACCACUCUGCACGUGAUCAAGUCGCUCCUCCUCCGGCUUAGCAAGCUCUCGCGCGCCACGCCCGCUCGUCACAGGGCGCCCUCUCGAGGCGGCGCUCGGCAUCAACCGGUACCUCGGCGUGGGCGACAAGUCCAUCUGGCUGGGGAUGGGGCGCGGGCUCGAUGCGAUUCGCGACGAGUUUGCGGCGAGCGGCACCGAGGACGACCUGGUCUGCCUCGAGUACGUGCUCGAGGGCACCGCCGGCUGCCACCCGAGAGAGUGGCAACACUCUGGCGGCAAGCAGAUGGACGCCUUCUACGAGGGCAGGGAGGAAGACGGCAGGCGCGGCAGGCCGCUCUCGUACUUUGUCGAGCACCCGCAGGCUCGCGAGGCGGCCCUCCUGCCGGAGCACGUGGUCGCGCUAAGACUGUACACCACCGCCGCCUUCAAGAGCAUCAACGACCCGCUGCGCAACCGCAGCGGCGCGCACCCGUUCCCGGUGACGGUCGCCUUCAUCAACGACGGCAUCAAGAGGCUGCGCGCGGUCGGAGCGGGCGCGGCCGACGCGUCGGAGCGGCGCGACUUUUGGCGCGGGCUGCGGAACGUCGCGCUUCCGGACGGCUUCCACCAGACGGGCGGCACCGAGUACGCGCCCCUCUCGACCUCGUCCGACCUCGAGGUUGCGCUGCACUACUCGGACGCGGCGCAGGAGCGGCUGCUCUUCAAGCUGACCACGGCGUCUUUCCUCGAGCGCGGCGCGUCGCUGCAGUUUCUCUCCGCCUUCCCGGGCGAGGUCGAGUACCUGUACCCGCCCCUCACCUUCCUCGACCCGACCGGCAAGGUGGAGACCAUCACCACGACGUGCGGCGUCAAGUUCUCCGUCAUCGAGGUCCAGCCGAGGAUAUGAGAGGCAAGUGAGUGAAGACAAGUUGCGGAGCCUUUGAUUGUAUGUAGACUAGAUGCUGCUGUACCCACACCUCUUCGCGUAUAUACCGUACUUUAGGAGUGUUCGUUUUGUGCAGAUAAGAGAUGCGUGCGUAAAAACUCGUAGAGCCUUAGCUCCGCGCCGCGUAGGAGAGGCGCUGUACGACCCGUUACUGAUACGUGUAAUCUCU